ACCAUGAACCGCAAAAGCUGCUACUCUUCUUGCUCCUCCUCCUCCUCUUGUUGGCCUCCAUCGUCGUCGUCAUCCUUCUCCGCACGCCGCUUGCGGCCACGGCCACGACCACGACCUGCACACACGACCACACCACCCAAGCAUUCACUCACUGACUCACUUACUUACGAAUCGACGGCUGCCUGCCUGGCUGCCUGCAGACACAUGCAUGCGCACCGCACCUGCCUGGUGUGGCGGGGCGGCACCCUCCUGCCUCUGCACGAUACGCGUCACCUCAGACACACCGUGCACACUACGCACCCUGCACACACAGCACAAAGGUACACACGCCCGCAUACAUAAGUGUGCCGUGCCUGCCCACCGAGCUGCCUGCCGACCUGAAGAGUAUGUUGGCGUGUCUGUGCAUGCCCUCCUUGAGCGAGACCAGGAUGAACUGGGAGUCGGGGAAGUGCUGCCGAAUCAUGGCGCCCAUGUUGCUCGUGUGGUUGGGGUCAAGCGCCGCAUCCACCUCGUCCAGCAGGAACAGCGGACCCGGCUGUCAGUCAAGGAGACAGACACGCAGGCAGCACACAAAGAAAGUAUGUGUCUCGUCUCUUUCCCUUCCACGGCAUCCACUGCAGGCAGGGCCCACCUUAUUUACCUUGUAUUUGUUGAUGGCGAGGAGUAGGGCGAGUGCGACGAGCGACUUCUGGCCGCCCGAGAGUGAGCUGAGGCUGUCCUUCCACACACGGUCGACGCACACCUUCAUCUCCAGGCCCGUCUUGAGGAAAUCCUUCGCACGAUGGCCUUCGGGCACUGCCAGACGCGCACUCGCACCCGGCAGCAUCGUGCCGAAGAUCUUGCCGAAGUUGUCGUUCACCUGAAUGCAUCAAUGAAUGAAUGAAGGCACCACACACACACACACAUACACACACAGGCAAGCGCACAGCAGGCAGGCAGGCAGGCAGGAAGGCAUGGAUGUUUGUUUGCCCAAGAGGUGUGUGUGGUACAUACUAUUUUCCAGCAUGAGUUGAGUUCGUCGAUUCGUUUCUGGUCGUAUUUCUUGAUGUCCUUCUCGAGGUCCUCCUUCUCGCGCUCCACGAUGCCGCGCUUCGUCUUCCACUCCUGCCAGCCCGGACGCACACACACACACAUACACACACACACACACAGAGAGAGAGAGAGGGAGAGAGAGAGGGGGGGACGAGGAGAGGAGGGUUUGUCGUUGGGCUGGUCUGUGCGUGUGUGGCCUGCACUGCACUGCAUGCCUCUAUCUUCGCGUUGAGUGCCUCCCAUUUGGUGUAUGCCUCCUUGUUGACGCGUGGCUCCAGCCGCUCGUAGUCCUGCCGCAUCUUCUCGUACCGACCUCGCUCGACUGAGUUGACGAGUCACGUCAUACACAUACAGACCGUUUGGCUGGUGCUCACGCCAUUGUUCGUUCACGCGUACCGUUGGCAGUGGUUCCUCUGAAGUCGUAGUCGCCGCCCUCCUUGUUGAGCUCGGGCUCCAGCGCCACUGUGUCAGGCAUCCUGGCACGGUACUUGCGCACCUCCUACACACAUACAGGCGCCCACACGUGUGUGUCUGUGCGUGGCGUAUAAAAGGCCCACCGCGUCCGCGUGUGCGACCUCCUUCUUCUUGGUCUCGUAUUGGUUGUUCUUCUGGACACAUACACACACACACACACACACACCCCGACGAGACACCCACCACAAUGGCGAGUUGGGGGCGGGGUGAUGUGGGUGCAUACCCUAGCUUUGGCUAAUUCAGUGUUGUGCUUUUGCUUCUCGAGCUCCCUCUCGUCCUGCUGCAGCUGAUUCAACGCCUCGUCCAGUUGCUGAAGGGGGCAUCGACCACACACGUUCAGCAAGUUGCCUGAUGUGUGUUGUGUGCCGUCUGCUGACCGACCGAUAGGUUCUUCUUGCUUUCCUCCACUUUCUUGAGCACCUCGUCCUUCCACCGGACCUAUCACACACACAGACAGGUGUGUAUGGGUGUCUGUGUGUGGUGGUGGUGGUGGUGGUGGCUGAUGGGUGUGUGUCUUCUCACGGCGUCUUGGUACUGCUGUUCCUUCUCGGCGAAGUGCUCCUGACACUUGGCUAGCUGAGCCUCGGCCGCCUGCACGUCAGACACAAUAAAUACACCACAGACAAUGCAGACAGGUGUGCCGGUCGCAUCGCAUAUAUGUGUGUAGGUAUAUGUGGACGUGUAGAGUGGGUGACCUCACUUACCUUAAGGUCUUCCUCCUUCUCUGUAAUGUUCUGCCGCAUCGCCUGCAGCUCUACGCCAACCCUAUUGUGACGCUGAACACACGCACCGCACAAGACAGACACACAGAUGCCUCUCUGCGUCACUCCCCUUCCCUGUAGGCAUACACACACCUCUUGGAGUUCAUUGUGUUCGUUGUCGGCCUUUUCAGCGUCUUCUUUGGCCUGACGGCACAUCUGCUCGACCUCCUGCUCCAUCUGCCCCUUGUUGUUCUGGAAGUUGGCCAGCGACGCCUCAAGCUCCUGUAUGGCCUCGUCGGUCUUGCCGGCCUCUGACGUCAACUCGACCGACGACGCCUUCAGCUCAUCCAACUGAGACAACGAGACGGCAUGAGAAUACAGAAAGAGAGAGCGGGGGAGAAGAGUGUUGGGGUUGCUGGCUGACUUUGGUUUUGGCUUGUUCUAUUUCGUCCUUCUUGGCGCCGAUCUCGUCCUGGUUGAUGCGCUCCUGACUCGCAGACACACAGAGACACAAGGAACGCAGAGAUGAAGCGGUCUCAUUACUGUCUCCCAGUGUUGUGUGUUGUGUGUUCUGUGUGGGGUCUGUGUGUGUGCCUGGAUGCGGUUAAGCCUCCGCUGCUCGUAGUCGAGUUUCUUCGAGUACUCCUGCCACACACAUGCAAGCCGAUGGUGAGCUGUGCGUGUCUCAUGCCGUCUCGAGUACAUACGUCGUGGUCCUUCUUGGUCUGGGCUUGGGCGUCGAACCAAUCCUUGAGCUCCCUUAAUCCAUACACACACACACACACACACACGAUAGCCGGUGUGCGUGUAAGUUCCGAUUGAGUACUUGGCGCGCUCCUCCAGCUUGGUCAACCUCUCGCGGAGGGACGCCAGGGCCUGAACCAUAACAUAUACGCGCACACCUUUGCAGAUCGCCCCCCUUUUUUCUUUCGUACCUUGAAUUUCUCGAGUAGCUGCAGAUUCUUGCUGGAGCCGCCACCAAUCGCACCUGACACCCCACACAGGGCCCACACAGAGAGAGAGAGAGGCAGCUGGUGGAUGCUGCAGGUCACCGUGGAUGCCACGCGUGGUUCCCUCCGCCCCCGCCUGACCUGAUGGGUCGUACACGUCUCCGUUUUGUGUGAUGAUGCGUGUGCGCGCGGACGGGUGUGCGUAGACCUUGCCGGCGGUGACUUUGGACUCACACAGCAGCAGCCGACCGAACACGAAACGCAUCGCCUUGGCCACCUCAGGCGGAUACCUACACAACACGCCCAUGUGUCAUAUUGUGUAAUAUUGUGUAUGUUGUAUGUGGAUAUAAUACUCACUCUACGACGUCAAUGCCCUUGAGUAUGGUGUCGCCCUCUCCCUCUGCGUCGCUAACGCGCUGGGCCGCCUCGACGGUCUAAACACAACCGACCACCACGUGUGUUUGCUGGUCGAUGUUAUUCAUUGUGAGGUCCUGGUCCUCACACACAAGAAACUGACGUACCUCGUUGGCCACCACUUUGUCUUGCAGUCUGUUGAGGGGCAGACACGUCACGCGGUCCUGCUCAAACGCCUUCUUGUCCAGCAGCUCAGUGGCUGCCGCACACCAACACGGACCGACACACAUGUGACACCACGCACCCACCGUACACACACCGUGGUGCGUCGGUCUGCCCACCGUCUUUCUCCGUCUCGACAAUGACGUUGAACAGCUUGGCCAAAGACGCCACCUGCACACACACGGGCACAGCACACUUGUGGCUUUCACCAGUGUCAUGACCCCGUGUCAUGAGUCUUUGUGACCUCGAUGGCUUUGGAGUAGUUGUCCAUGUCAGGCUUGAGGUGCACGAGCUCACCCACCGCACCCUUGACGUGCUGGGGGUCCAGGUCGGGCACCUUCUCGCGGUUGUACGUGCAGCGACCCAACAAACGAGACUGACCAAGGAAGGGGACGGGAGGGGAGGGAAGGGAACAGCACGUCAUGUUGUCUCAUCCGCUUCGUUGUGAGUGUGCUGUUGUUACGCGAAGUGUGUCCUCGUCAUGACGCAGGGGGGGCAGCUCCUGCGGACAGACACAUGCAAACGGUGCUCUUCUGCCUCCCUCUCUGUCUGUCUGUCUGUCUGUCUGUGUGUGUGUAUGUGGUGGCGCCACCUCUUUGUGUAUUCGGUCGUAUUCGUCUUGUCUGGCCUUCCAUGCGUAUGCGUCGAAGUCGAGUGCGUUGAGUUUGUCCUGCCACUUGCGGAUGUUGACCUCACACUCGGACUUCUCCCGACACAACGCAUUGUACGCCUGACAAACAAAGACACACCCACACCGACACACGAAUGUUCAAAUGGAUCUGGGAGGUGCGUUGGCUGGCCAUGUGCUCACUUUGAGUUUUGGGUCGUUUGCGUCGAUGUCGUCAGCCUUCUCGAGCUUCUCCUCCAAAUGCCUGAUGGACGGGCGACAAGCAGAUGAGUUCGUCUGCAUGGGUGCUUGCCUGCUGGGUGUCGCUCGCGCCCUCCCUCACUUUGUUUCCCUGGCGCAUUGUUUGAGUUUUGUGUCUAUUUCGGCUCUCUUCUGCUUGGCGGCGGCGAGUCGCUCGCGCACCGACUGGCCCUCCUGCUCGUCGCCCUCGUCAGCCACAAACACCUCACGCCCUGCACACACACACACACACACACACAGAGAGAGAGAGAGAGAGACACAUGAAGGUGGAUGGAUGCCACGCGUGCGUGAGAGGGUAGGUGGAUGUGUGGUUGUUUGCCUGCUCGUAUGUCGUGCAGUUUGCGAUUGAGUUUGUCCUGCUUCUUCUCGAGCUGAUCCUUGGCCUCCAACAACGACUGACGAGAGUUGAAUAAAUAGAUGGAUGGAUGGAUGGAUGAGUGAAUGGAUGGGUAAUUGAGUGGCAGGCUGACCUGGAGCUGUGUCUGUAGUUGUUUGUGUUCGUUGUCCUUUUUGUUGACGUCCUUCUCAUGGCCCUUGAGCUUCUUCUGCUGACUUGACACCUCCUUCUCAGCCUCUACCUACUCACAUACACACACACACACAUCCACAUGCACACACACAAUGCACCAUUACAUCCUCCCGUGUUUUCCACUGACUGACCACGUCCUUCUUGGCGUUGUCGAGUUUGGUCUGCGCCCCCUCCAUCUCCUGCACACACACACACACACACGAAGGCACGCACACAGACACAUGAGGGCAGUGAAUCGGCGGUCGGCAUGUAUAGAUUCUUGCGUCGUACGGUGGUUCUCUUGGAGAGCAGCUCCUGCAGCCGCGUGAACUCGGCGUCCUCAUUACGCUGCACGAUCCCAUAGAGGUACACAGGCACGCGUGCGUGAAUGGCCUUUGUGCUUGCCGCCGUUUGUGUCGGUAACAUACGGCCUUCAUGCGUUUGUCGAACUCCUUCUUCUUGUCGGCCAACUCCUUCUGAAGCGACUCCAUCUGAGCAGCGGAGAGAUGAAUGGAUGGAUGGAUGGAUAUACACCACCCAACACAUACAUGGCCUCCACCGACCCACACACCCAUUUACCUGUGCGUCGAGCUCCUCCCUCUCCUUCACCAAUUGGGCUGCACGCACACACAUAUGUGGAGAUGCCGUGAAGAGAAAGUGUGUGUGUGUGUGUGUGGAUUGCGUGGCUGACCGAGUUGCUGCUGUCCGCUCUUCUGCACGGUGAGGUGUUCGUAGUAGGUGAUGGCGUUGACGAACCGCUGCUGCUGGUGGAUGGUGCUGCGGAUCUUCUCAAACUGCAAGUACUCCACCCUGAUUGACCCAUCCACACACACACACACACACACACAGACAGUGCGCACGUACUUGAAUGUGUGUGUGCUCUCUGCGUACCUCUCCUUGUUGAGGCGGUCUCGCUCUGGUAUGAACUCCUGCUCCAGCUUGUCGUCCACACGCGCCAGCUGCACUCACACACACACACAGAAGCAGACGAUGCUCACACAAACAGACACCCUUCACUUGUUGAGGCGUGUGUAGCGGCUGGGGGACCGGCGGCAGGUCGCUGACCUCUUUUUCCUUGGCUUCGAUUUUCUUUUUGGUGGUGUCCCUCUUGUUCUGGUACGUCUUGGUGCCCGCCGCCUCCUCGAGCAUCUCCAGGAAGCGGUGCGGCCGGAACCCGAUCGUCUGGGUGAUCUUGCCCUGAAUCAUGCAUGGUGCAUGACGGACGAAGGACACACACACACACACAGAGAGAACGCGUCGGUCGGUACGUGUGUGUUGGGUGUGGAUCUGUUGUGUUGUGUUGGUUGGUUGAAGGUAUCGUGCCUGUUGAAUGAGGAAAUACGGGUAUUGUAUGCUGAGCCCGGCGGCGGCGAAGAAGUCGUGGUAGGCCUUCUCCUUGACCACAGACCCGUUGAUGAACCACUUGCGCUGACUCCCUUGCAGCUGAUAAGACGGAUGGACGGACGGACGGAUGGAUGGAUGGAUAGCAACACACACGGUCAGUGAGGCUGCUGUCCAUACGAGCCUGUGUGUGUGUAUGUGUGUUGCUCACGAGUCGCGUGCAGGUGAUUUUGGGUUGCUGUCUGUAUGGGUUUGUGACGGGCAGCGGACACCUUUCCUCGUCCUCAUUGUUGAACACCAACGUCACCUGCAUACAGACAGACACACAGACGGAUGCGUUGAUGACCAUCCAUCCACCCGUGCCCCUCGCUCGGCUCUGGUCAGCCACCUCGGCUUUGGUGAUGCCCUGCUGGCCCUUGAGGUAUAUCAGCUCAGCCAUGUCCUUGGCACGCAUCUACAGCCAGCCAGCCACACAACACACAGCACAGUUUCGUUCGGCACCAAUCGCUGUCCUCCUUCCUCUCCUUGGAUGUCUGACGAGUUCGGGUUUAUUGAGUCCGAGUGCGAAUGAGGUGGCGUCGAGUAUGUUGGACUUGCCGCUGCCGUUCUGGCCCGUGAUGGCGUUGAACUGCGGAUGCAGCCCGCAGAUCUCAGUGCGGCCGCCAUAAGACUUGAAGCCCUCCAAGAUGAUCCGCUCGAUGUGCAUCGUCUGGGAUGAAUGCGAUCACGCAACAAGAGCGCCGGACGCUCAAAGGGGGAGCGAAGGGAAUG